UAACCUUCAUUCUGUUUUGUCGUUUACAACAGCAUUAUUAAAUCAGUUUAGUUCAAAGUACUUUUUCACAAAGCUUUAUCGUACAAAGUUAAAAAUGAGUUUCACCGUGACUGGAAUUCAAAAGAAAAGCCGAACAGCAAGUCAUAAGACCGAAGAUGAUACUUAUACAAGAGAUUUAGAGAAAGCAUUCAACGACUUUGACGAGUCGAUGGAACAAACACGCAGUGAAGCACGACAAAGAUGGGAUAAAGCAGUAAGCUCAACAAGGACCAUGGUGAUAGCUCAAAUUGAUUUGUACCAGUACAAACAAGAAGAAAUCGAUGUGGAAAUUCGUGAUAUGAAGAUCUAUGUGAAAGGUAGACACGUUACUGAACGUGAAAAUGGUUAUGAUGCAAGCGAAUUCGAGAGAUUCUAUACAAUCCCAGAAGGUGUAGAUCCCAAGCAUGUCAGCACUCGCUACACCGAUGGCAUGCUGAAGAUUGAAGCCCCACGCCCCAGACGGGAAACACAACCGCGCAAAAUCGCAGGAGGUGAAAUAGUCAGUGAUGAUGAAAAGUUUGAGGUUGUUCUCGAUGUACGAAAUUACAAACCAGAUGAGAUUGAAGUGAAAGUGAACGGAGACGAUUUGAUAAUCUCUGGAAAACAGGAAAGCGAAGAGAAAGGAAGACGAGUGACACGACAGUUUACACGUAACUUUAAGAUCCCACGUGAUGUAAGUAUAAAAUCGGUGAAAUCACGUGUCAGUGUGGAUGGAUUUCUAUAUGUAUAUGCAAAAAAGGAAACGAGUUGGGACGAGGAACGCGUCAUCAAUGUUCUUGUCAACGGAAGACGCUCACCAAUAAGCAAAACACAAGCCUACUUUACUGGUGGUAAUGAAUAGGUUGACUUUCGCAGCAUGCGGACCUUGUGCUAUGGAAAAACUGGUUGGAAAAAGUAACAAAAAAGACUUAAUGCCAUGCAAAUAGUUAAAAUUCUUUCUUAUCAAUAGUUCUACUUAAAGAAAAAAAUUUAUAACAUCUUAUACGAGUACGUUCUUGACCUUUAAAUCCUAAAGUUUGUGAAAAUACGUAAUAAAUUACAUAAAAUGGAAACUUGAUCGAAAUCAAAUAUAAUCUAAACAUGUGA